AUGCGUUUAUAUGGACGAAGAUCGGCUCAAAGGAGAAAGGAAAAUGGCCCAUCGUUUUCAGAAGAUAGCGAAAGUGAAAGUGAUCAUAAAAGUAUUCUCCACAAGGUGACCACUUCUAUAUCUACAAGUGAAACAUCAUUGGAGUCAUCUCCAUUGAAAGCACGUCAAAAGACGCUGGUCGUGGUAGCUCAAGACGUGCCUGGUGAGCUAGAAGCAUGGGAUGAGCUUUUUGAUGAUAUAGAUGGUUCCAUUGUGCCAGAUAUACCCAAAGUAGAAGGUAGAGACAGAGAGACUGAGACUGAUGAUGAUGAUGAUGAUGAUGAUGAUGAUGAUGAUGAUGGCGAACUGCAUACUGAUGGUAGUGAUGGUAUCGUAUCCAGAGUUAAUAUUUCAUCUAUUCUUCUGUCAUUUGCUUCAUCUGAAGUUGUUCCUGUUGAUAAUGAAAGUCGUGGUUCGAUACUACCAGACUUAACUCCGGCCGUUGCUCCGACCCCAGUAGAAACAUGUUUCCAGGCAGGAAUAGUCAAAUAUGGAGAGACUCGAACUCACAAGUUGCAAUCACUUAAUGAAGAUGAUGACCGUGACAGCAUGAACCCAGCCCAAUUGUUUAUGUUUGAGUCUCUUUCACCUGUUAGAAAGAAGAGGAAAAUUCGUCAUGUUAAGAACACAGCAAUCCACUGGAACGACUACAAAGUUAAUGGUCAUGACAAGAAUAACAAGAGCGAAGCUACCGAGUUUCUAAUAGAGGGACUCAAGUUUUAUGAAGAAGAUGAAAAGAAUAUUAUAAGUGGAAACUCAAUUCUUAUACUGACAUUGAUUGACAUUGCUAAUGAAUUCCAAGCUGACCAUACUUAUCCUUAUGAUAUUCCACUUGUGCUCGAAAGUCUAGACCAGUUAUUAGAGGUUUUAGCAAAAAUUAGCAACCCGACAGACGAGAGGAACAUAGGUUUUAUUUGCUGGCUUGUUUCAAGCGUCACGUACAUUUUCAUAACUUCUGCAGUAGAGAUAAAUCACGCAGUGUUGAAUUAUCAGUUGAAAACCAUUGAGUUCUUGUUCGAAUGCUUGAACAUUGGCUAUGAUGAUGUAUCACCGCCUGGAAUUCUGAAGAUUACAAAGAAUUAUUUAAAUGAGAUCCAUAGAAUACGGAGUACCAGCUCAGAAGAUGAAAUACAGAUCAAGCUUGUCUAUCUUCUUUUCAAACAUCAAAACUUCCUAGCCACUACACAAGGCUUUGAUCUUCUAGUGUCCUUAUACUGGAAAGCUAAAACAUCUUCAGGCAAGAUUAAAGUACUAAAUUGCAUUGAAGAGUACAUUGAAUACGAUUAUGAGAUGACUUCUAGAGAUUGGAUAGAGUCAAUGUUCAUAACCAUGGUACAAAGCUUCGUAACAAGGACAGAAGAAAGGUUUAACUAUCAUAGUUCAAUGGUUUUCAAGCUUGCAGUGCUUAUCUCCACUCGAUAUGAACCAAAUCUUGACUUUUUCAAUUCAGAUCUUAUUUCAACUGUAUUGCGGAUAAUCACCAAGCACUUGAAGAAAUCAAACCUUUCAGAUCCACACACAGCCAAUUGCAUUUUGUUUCUUCUUGGACUUCUUUUGAACGUCGUUUCCAACCGCAAGCUCUCUCUUAGAAGUGGAGAUAUCAAUGCCAACGUUGAAGCCAUUAUGCUUUUCGCAGCCAAUGGGAUGGAAUCAGAUGUUCAACGUCAUGUCUUCGGAUAUAACAUUAUGUUGCUUGGAUAUUUACGACUCGCAAUUAACUACACUGUUGAUAUCCAAUUUUUAACCUUAUCCUUGAUAUCUUUUAAGUCCGAAAUCACCAGUGUUUCAAGAGUUGAAAAAAUAAAGAUAACCCCAGACACAAAGGUGCCCAAUGCUGCCAUUAUAAAGAUAGAGAGAGAGGAUCAUACGUUAGGGAACUUAUUGAGAGCACAGUUAUUGAAGGACGACAGAGUGCUCUUUGCUGCUUAUAAGAUUGAGCAUCCAUUAUUUGCUAACUUUCUCUUGAGAAUACAAACCGUUGAUGGUUACAGUCCUAGAGAUGCCUUGAGAAAUGCGUGUUCCUCUUUAAUCAGUGAGUUGGACGUGAUAAAGACCAGAUUCAAGGACGAAUGGGCGCUUAAGUCGUUGUUGAACAGCAACAAUGAUGACUUUUAA